ACCAUGAGACUCCUGCUGCUGGCUCUUCCUGUCCUUGCGUUCCUACCCCAAGUGAUCCCAGCCUUUAGUGGUGAAAACAAAUGCUGGAACAAAUUGGGGCACUGCAGGAAACGCUGCAAAGAUGGAGAAGUGAUACGAGAAGUAUGUAAAAAUCAUCGAUUCUGCUGCGUUCGAAAUCAUCAAGUCUGGGUUACAACUAAUAAAGUCCCCGAGCAAGCUCCUGAGACAACUUCCGAACCUGCGUAUGAUUUAUCAACAGGAAUUAUAGAUGUAAUUAUAACAAUAGAGCCCUCUGUAACCUACUCUGAAGAAAUUGGCCCAGAUGUGAGCUACGAAGAAUCCUUUUUGUCCCAGUUGCUUCACGUUGGAUUAGAAGUUAUUGAAAGCUGGAUCCAUAGGUCCAUUUCCUUGACCAAGUCUUGA